UAGCCCAUUGCACAGCCCACCCGCGGGGUCUCUAGCUGAAGCCCCAUCCCUACCAGGAUGGUGGGGGCUUCUUAAUGCCCAUCUCUCCCCAGCCCUCAGAGACCUGAUGGUGUUGUCCUGCCCCAUCUCCAGGGGGAAACAGGGUCUCACCUCCAGCUCCUGGAUGCAGAGCAGGGACCUGCCCUUUUGUCUCCAUCCAGGCUGCAUAAGAGACCUGACCUGCUCUCACCAGCCUCCGACUUGUGACUUCCCCCGUGUGCUCGGCCUCCUCUGUGGCACACCCAGGGGAGUCAGUGGGAGGAGCUUAUCUUACUACAGGAGUUCCUUGGUGGAAUGCGGACACUGGAGGGGGUCACAGAGGCCUCUGUGAUAUCACCACGAGGGGCGGGCAGGCGCGCUUGGAGUGACGUUUCUUUGAGGAGCCGGGGGGAGACUGAGCAAUAUGGCAGAUAACCAAAGGAGCUGGUGGCAGCAGUGGACCGACACCACCUACAUCAAACCUUUGAACCGCUUGAGGGCUGCUCAAGAGCCCUACCGGCGGCCAGAGGAGCAAGUGCUCAUCAACCGCCGAGACAUCACCAGCAGGAAGGAUGCCUGGGACAUGCAGGAGUUCAUCACGCGCAUGUAUGUCAAGCAGCUUCUCCGACACCCGGCCUCCAAGGCGCUGCUGGCCAUGCUGCUGGUGGUCAACGCCAUCACCAUCGCUCUCCGCACCAACUCCAUGCUUGGCCAGAAACACUAUGAGUUGUUCUCUACCAUAGAUGACAUUGUGCUGACCACCCUUAUCUGUGAACUUCUUCUCGGCUGGUUGAAUGGUUUCUGGAUUUUCUGGAAGGACGGCUGGAACAUCCUCAACUUCCUUAUCAUCUUUAUCUUGCUCCUGGGGUUUUUCGUUAAUGAACUCAGUGUCGUGGCUAUCACCUACACCCUCAGGGCACUGCGUCUGCUGCAUGUGUGCAUGGCGGUGGAGCCCCUGGCCCGGAUCAUUCGCGUCAUCCUGCAGUCGGUGCCCGACAUGGCCAACAUCAUGGUCCUCAUCCUCUUCCUCAUGCUGGUGUUCUCCGUGUUUGGGGUCACUCUCUUUGGUGUGUUCGUGCCCAUGCAUUUCCAGAACAUGCAGGUUGCCCUGUAUACCCUCUUCAUCUGCAUCACCCAGGAUGGCUGGGUGGACAUCUACAGGGACUUUCAGAUGGAGACAGGGGAGUACGGAGUGGAGAUUGGGGGCGCCAUCUACUUUGCCAUCUUCAUCACCAUCGGUGCCUUCAUUGGCAUCAACCUGUUGGUCGUCGUGGUGACCACCAAUCUGGAGCAAAUGAUGAAGGCAGAACAGGGGCAACAGCAUCAAAUAGCCUUCAGAGAGGUAGACGACAAGAAGGGAAAUGGGAAUAACAAACUGCCGCUGGUGCACUGUGCAGUCGCCCGUUCGGAGAUGUCUGGCGUCCCCCAAGAGCCAUUUAUGGGGGGCCCCUUGACAAACCUCUCGGAAAGAACAUGCGACAACUUUUGCCUGGUGCUCGAGGCAAUACAGGAGAACCUGAUGGAAUACAAGGAGAUCCGUGAUGAGCUCAACAUGAUAGUGGACGAGGUCCGCUCCAUCCGCUUCAACCAGGAGCAGGAGGAGGAGCUGAUGCAGAGGAACUUGUCAUGGAACAUGUCCUUGGAGAGCAGGUCCUCCGUGGACAUCCGUGAGAUGACUCGCGAGCAAGACUUGAUCACCGCGCUCGUCAACAGGGAAAAGGUUCAGGAAUCCAACACAAAUGUUAACAAACACAAGGCCAGCCGCUGAGAGGGCAGUACAGGAGCCAAUGGGCAUGAGCACACACCCAGCUGCUGCAUCUUCCUGCAUCACUAGCGUGACAUGGCACAUCCUGGCCUGAGCCCAUCCUCUGCCUUACACCUGGGCAGAUGCCUGGGGAUGGAAGGGGGCGGUAUCUCUAGGACUUGGGCCUGUGAGCCCCAGGUCCAGAGGAGCACAGAUGGAGAAGGUGGUGGAUGAGAGUGGGAGCCUUGCAGCAAGGAUAAGCCCACAAGGGGGUGCUGGCCAAGGCAGCCAGGAUUUGCCCUCAGGAUGGGCAUCCCUGGUCCCCUGCUAGACCAGAACUAGAUGGGGUCUAAGUGGGCCCAAGUACCAAGAGGAGAAAGAUGAGGCCGGUGGGGCCAGGUAUCAUGUAUCGACAAUAAAGUUUUGUGUUGGGAUCAAUGUGUCUGACUGGUAGACCUCCAAACCUCUGGGGGCAGCCUUCUCCCUCAAAAGCUUCUUUUGCCAGACAGGGGAGUAACUGACUGUCCCCCAGAGCUUCCAGUCUAAUGGGAGAGAGAAUCUACAGCCUGAAAAAUUUUGACUUAAUGGUGGAGAGAUAAUUCCUGCCUUAGGGUCCUAAAUUUGGGGGGUGAAAGUCUGGUCUUCAGGGUUGGGAGUGCCUCUCUGAUGGAAACACCUACCCUUUCUCUCUGUCUGAAGGUAUAAAACACUGGUCUUCAUUCUGGAGAGCUCUAGUCUUGUGGGGUCACCAUUGACCAAAUCAUGCAGGUACAGGAAACUCCAUCCUGGGUCAAUGGAGAAUGAAAUGUGAGUCCUGGCAGGCUCUCUGGAGAAGAGCAUGGAAGCCUCCUAGAAGGCAGCAGGAAGAAUUUGAGGGUCAGGUGAAUGAAGUCUGGUAGAGAACUUGGGACCUGUGAGAACUCUUUGGGACCUUCACAGUAAGACCACUGAGAGCCACAGCAGGUCCCUGAGCCAGGCAGUGCAGUCUGACAAAGCUGUGGCAGUGGUGGACACUACCAAGAGCUGCCUUGAUGGAUUCUCAUCCUUGGGCAAGUCACCGGGCCUCAUUUUGCCCAUCAGUGCAAUCGGGAGAGGAUAAGACUGAACACCAGCUCUAAAAUCAAAUGGCCGGAGCUCAACUCCCUGGAGUUGGGAGUCUGAUGAGAUCAGCCAUGUGACUGAGACUCAGGUUCCCUGCUGUUAUGUGAGAGAAAGGCUGCAAGGCCUCGAGUUCUGCCCGGCUGUUCAGCGUACCCUGACAAUUAGGGGCCUUGGGGAGAGUCACCAGUUGGAAUGGGAAUCCCCAGAGGCCCACUGAUUGCAGCUGAUGGGAAACUCCACCCUUCAUUCCCUCCCAUCGGCAUGGCUGCCAGCCCUGAAAAGCCCCCUGGGGCCUGCUGGGAAGGAGUCUGGACCACCAGGGCAGGGGUGGAACACUCAGCAGGCAGGCGGGAGGUGACAUCAGCGCCAGCAGUUCCUCGCUGUCUUGGGGCUGCUGUCUGUGCCUCGGUUUGGACCAGGACUCCUUGCCAGUGACCUCCAGGACUAUCAACCAGCAGAACGAUGGGCGGACAGUGGCUUUUGCUGCUGCUGCUGUUAUUAACUGGGGACGGAGCCCUCCAUCUUCCUGGUGAGUAUCCACACACACCCUUUCCAUCCAUCCUUCCUGGAGGCUCUCACAGCCCGUUUUCUGGCUCACUGGGGAGGGGAAGCAGGUGGUGGAAGAUAGGUUAGUGUCUGUCCCUAGGAAGACCUUAUGUGAGCAUAGGCAUCUCCAACCCACCCCUAAAUGAUCUGAAGGCUUAGGGCACCCAUGAGCUUGGGGGGCAGGGCAGGAACAUGAUGGGAUGACCUCAAAAGAACUUCUGGCUUUGUCUGCCCAUCCUCAUUCAAGAUGCCAUCCUUGUCUACUUCCAUUUCAUCUGUCAUCUCAGCCGUCUCCCCUUUUCUGUCUGUCCUUUCCAUCUGCGUUGGGCCAGUAGCUAGGGGCUUCAGUAGGUUAGUUCCCUCUCAAUCUGGUCUAGAACUGCGGCCCCUGCAGGGGCUUGGACCCCUGCUGCCCUCCCCUGCCCUACUCCAGCUGCCAC